UUGGUCGAUUGGCCGUUUUGAGUUCACUCUCUCUCUCUCUCUCUCCGUGAGUAAGGUCCCAGUUCAAUGUCAACCGUAGAAGUGGAAAUAAAGGUAAAUAAAAUGGAAGAUUUAUUUUAAAAUCUUAGAAGUAGAAGCAGAAGGGCAACCUCAACGGAGACAGGAACAUGGACGGAGACGAGAUUGGCGUAGUUCUAUCUCGAGCUUCUGAGCUUCGUUCGAAGAUUAACAACUGCAUCAACAAUGCCACGACGCGGAACAAAGACUACCUAGGAGAAAACGGUUUCUGUUCUCUCGACGACGGCGGUCAAGCUGACGAUGAAGCUGAGAGUCUUUUGAAUAUUCGCGACGCUCUUGAGUCGCUCGAGGAGCAGCUCGCUUCCUUGCAGGUUCUGCAACAACAGCAGCGGUAUGAAAGGGAAGUAACAUUAGCUGAAAUUGACAACAGCCGCAAGAUACUACUCAAGAAACUUGAGGAGUACAAAGGGGAGGACUUGGAAGUGAUCCAUGAGGCUUCUGCCUUUGCUAGCGAGACGGUUGAGCAGAAAGAUGAUCUCCUCCUUCCGCCAUAUCCAAGCCGGCCCCCACAUUCUUUAGUUUUGGACAAUAGCUAUUCCUCUCACUUCUCUUUUGCUCGUAAGUUUUAUCGGAGCGGUGAUCCAAUCCCUGAGGCAAAAAAGAGUACGAGUGAGUUGGAUAAAAAUCAUAACCAAGGACCUACUAAUGACCCUCCGAAGAGGAUGAGACUUGUCCUAAACGUGGCAUCCAAAAUGGCCCUUACCCUCGUUGGUGUGAGAUCUGUGCUAAACUUGGCUGGUUUUGAGCCAAGGCUCAGGAGGAAUGCCCAGUUUAAGGUGCUUGGCAUUCUUCAAAAGCCUUCCAAUGACAAAAGAACCGCAAUUAAGUGUCCACCUGGGAAAUUCUUGGUGAUGGAAGCUGGGGAACCUCGGUGCCUUGUGAAAGAGAGGGUUGAAAUUCCAUUUGGGACUUUUGUUAAGACACCCGAUGUAAGUUAUGGUUGCGGCUGAAAUGGUAUGAUGCAUCAUUUCUUGUAAAGUCUGUGUCGGUUGUUAGUUCUGAGGUUGAAAUUGCAUCUUAAAGAGCAAAGAAUACUUUGUCGUCGAUUGUUUUUUUUUUGAUAGAUAAAGCAACUUAUAUUAGCUAAUAGAAAUAUCAACAUAGUUUAGUACA